AUCCCCCAACACAACAGCUGUCCCUCCUUUAGAUUUGACAGCAAUUGUGCUUCUUCCUUAACCAAAAAGCAAAGGCAGACAUAAUGUCGACUGGCAUUGAGGACACCAUUUGGGUCAACGUGGGCAGCGCUGCGGCACUGGUUGGAGCGACGAUAGGUGCUACAUUUGUGGGUGCUAUGGCUAUUUCAAAAGGCAUUGAGGCCGAGCUGCUGGACGAGGACGCACGGGCUCAGAUGAAUGGCGCGGAGGCGGUCAAUAGCACGACGCCUGUGCAGCGGACACGGCUGCGGGCUGAGGACGUGCUGGCGCGGCAAGAGCAGCAAGAGAAGCAGGAGCAGGCGUCCAAGGAGCAGGCAACCAAGUGAAUGGGCGCUUACUGGAGCAUUGUAUACCAGUAGUGUAGUUGCGUGUGUGUGCGGGGUUGGGUUGGGGGCUGCAAGCCGGGUUCCGCGGAUUGCACCACGCGGGUGGCGGGGCCGCCGGGCGGCUACCGCUGCAGCAGCCCUGGGGCGCCAGUGGUCGCCCCCGACUGUAGGUAGCUGGUGGCAGAGGUGGGUGCUGGACCAGCCCGGCUGUCGGGCUGAAGAAGGUCACAACAAGUGGUGACGGCGGCUGUGGGGGUGGCUGGCGCCCGGGGUCCCGGUGCAGCGCUGAUGGCGCUGCUGCUGGUGGGCUGGUGUGCACACGUACACACGGGCAGCACACACGGCCUGGUGGGAGUAGUAAAGCAUACGUUGAGGCAACAGUAUCCUGUGCGGGUGUCCGAUGAGGGGGAUGCACGGAGAUGCACAUACAGCAUGCAUGUGGGGAAGCCUACGCGGCGAUGGAGUUGUGCGUGUGCAGUUGUGCGUUGAGCACUGCACGGGCACGUGUGUUGGCGCAGGAUUGUGCCGGUAGUAGUAUCGCCGGUAGAAGGCCCGAGGGUUUCAAAGGAGAAGAAUCAACUGCAAUGGAUUCACAGGUCAUGCGGGCGUGCGGACGCAGGGACGGGGCAAGAGCGGAGCGCAAGUAAUCAAUACGAAUUCGGAUUGCCGGCAGCCGGCCCUGACACGCAGCGGGAUCCGUAUUCCAAAUGCGUGCCUGCAGACUUGCAUUCGUACAGAGGGCAGGGCAGGGCGGGGCGGGGCCGGGACCGCCCCACCGGCACACGGGGAGGCAAUCCCGGAGCUGGCCAUGCGUCGUGUGUGUGUGUGUGUGUGUGUGUGUGUGUGUGUGUGUGUGUGUGUGUGUGUGUGUGUGUGUGUGUGUGUGUGUGUGUGUGUGUGUGUGUGUGUGUAGUGAGUGUGUGUGUAUGUGUGUUGUACAUAGGCGGUCUGACCGGCCGACACAGGGGUGCUGCGUGGGACUGCUGUCAGCUCCAACGGCGAGGCGGUGACGUGCUGGCGGCAGGGCUGUGCACGUGGUGGUGUGGGUGUGGUUCGGGGUGCCGCUGGCCGGCGGCAUUGGCGGCGUGUCAGUGUGUGGGGGCGUGGGGGCAGUGAUCUCCACGAGCUGGCGGGACCUGGUGACGUUUCUCCAUGGGGGCUUCCCUGACCGGGCUGAUUGUAUCUACUUGAAUUCUGAUUCCGGGUGCCUCCUCUACAGAGAGAACUUAGGAGGUCUGGGACUCUGUCAGGCGUACCAUAUCCAUUCCUGUCGGAGCCUUCACAGUCAGGGUACAUGCACCAGGGUGGGGGGUAGCCAUCCAUGGGAUGGUUUGUAUCAAAUAUGAAGUGAAGGGGGGG